AUGCGUGUCGCAGUUGCGGGAACCAGCGGCUUGGCGCAGCUUAUCGCACACUAUGUUAGAGAGGAAACAAGCCACCAACUUGUAUUGCUCUCGAGGAAGGCACAACCGAAUCUCGAGUCCAGAGGCUACCAGACCCAAGUAGUGAGCUACGAUGACUUGAGCUCUCUUGAGCAUGCCCUAGCGGGCAUAGACAUCGUGAUCUCCACAAUCAGCGGCCCUCCGCAGUUGGCGCUCAUCAAGGCAUCGGUCAACGCAGGUGUGCAUCGCUUUGCGCCUGCCGAAUUCGAGGGUCCUCCAUCCUUGCGACAGGAUAACGAUCCAUUAGACCGUGGCAGGGCGUCUGCUUUGGCAUACCUUCAACACUACCGCCCAUACUUUGAAGCUACAACCGUCUUCGUAUGCGGCAUCUUCUACGAGCGCUUUCAACCAGGCGGGCUGGCUGCUGGCCGUCUGGGAUCCUCGGCAGGAAUCGGUCAGGAAGGACACUACAUUCUGGACCUCCGCUACAUGGCUGCACAGGUGCCGGCGUACGAUUCGGCAAAUCACCCGUCCUAUGUUUGCAUGACGGCCGCCCAAGACGCUGCACGACUGGUCGUCGCAGCUCUAGACAUGCCUACGUGGCCACCUGAGUUUCGGAUGUGCGGCGAAAGGCUCAAAGUCUAUGAUUUGGUCUCUAUCGCUCGAAGUGUUCGAGGAAGGGAGUUCUACGCCGAGCCCACGGUCGAAAGUACGCAGACGCUGAGGUACAAGGCAUCGCUUGCAUCGACGCAGACUGAGCAGUUGAGGCUGCAGAAUCUUGCUGCCACAGCUGACGGUCAACACGACUUCACGGAUACGAACCUCAACAGCUAUUUCCCUCACAUCCGCAUGACUCGAUUUAGAGACUGGCUGGCAUCUGCCUGGGCUGGCGUCCCUUAG